CCAUUUCCCCCAGACUUGACUGACUUGAGUAUAAAACCACCUCCAGACCCUUCCUCUCCCUCUCUUUACCACCCCCAUUGCAUUCAAACAACCGAUUUGACCACCACCACCACCACCACCACCACCACCACCAUCAUCAUGUCCCCCCCUACCCUGACCUCACCAACGCCAACCCUGACCCUCACCCCCUCCCCCCUCACCCCAUCCGCCUUCCUUCCCUACGGCACCGCCAUCACCUCCCCCCUCCCCCGCACCGCAACCAUCCCACCACCACCCUCCGCCCUGGCCGCGCUGCACCCAACGCCCGUCCUCGCGAACCAAAACACCGCCCUGAAAUACAGUCCCAUCUCCCCGCUAGACGACCACUAUGCCGGCAACUGUCCGAGCGGGCGCGCCUCUGCCGCGCGCAUGACCAUGUUCUCAUGCUUCCCGCGCACCCUGCGCCCCGCCUCUCCCACUUCUUCCACCUCCUCCGCCGUCUUCGACAUCCGCAUCCUCGAACGCCACCCCUUCACCACCCAGACCUUCGCCCCGCUCGACCUCUCCAGCCAGCCCGCCACCGCCACCCCCGCCGCCACCGCCACGGAAACCGAGCCGGAGCCUUACUAUCUCGUCGUCGUGGCGCCUUCCCUCAAGGGCACGACCGCCCAGGCGACGACCAGCUCAGGGGAGGUGGUGACGGUGGUGGAUCCGCCGGAUUUGAGCCGCGUGAAGGCGUUCGUGGCCCGCGGUGGCCAGGCGGUUACCUAUGGUGCGGGCACGUGGCAUGCGCCUAUGGCGGUGAUUGGGUCCCGGCGCGUGGACUUUUUGGUCGUGCAGUUUAUGAAUGGGGUUGCUGAGGAGGAUGUGCAGGAGGUGGUGUUUGGGGAGGGGGUGGUGGUGGAGGUGGCGCAGGGUUCGGAGGGUUCGGGAGAAGGCAAGGGGCUGAAGGCUAAGCUUUGAGAUUGGGAGUGCGGUGUACGUUGGUGGGAAAGCUAUGGAUUGGAAUGUGGGGUAUAUAUUGGAACUGGAGGGGGAAAGUACUGUACAUAAUGUGGGGAACCCGAAAUGGGG